AUGGUCUUUUUGUCUGUACUUGCUAGGCAAGUCCUUAUUUCACUUGUUGUUGCUCUAGUUGCACAAGGUUUUGUCAUUCCCCACGGUAUUGAAAGGAGGGAUAGUCCAGGCUUUGUAGCUUUGGAUUUCAGCGUCGAUAGAUCAUCCAUUCUGAGCAGUGGUGUUGUGGGAAAAAUUGCCAAAGGUGGAAAAGAAGCAAACUCAUUACAUGCUGUUGUUGGAAAGAGGGCUGGUACUGUUUCUGUGAAUAUUCAUAAUGCAAGAUUCACAUAUACUUCUAUUGUCAGUGUUGGAUCCAAUAAACAAAAACAAACAUUGGUUAUUGAUACUGGAUCUAGUGAUUUAUGGGUUGUGGAUGCGAAUGCACAAUGUGAAAACCAUUCUUAUUGCAAGACCUCGGGCACUUUCAAUCCUAAAACAUCUACAACUUACCAAAGCUUGGGUCUUCCUUUUGAGAUCUACUACGGUGAUGGUUCGGAGUCUUUUGGAAUUUGGGGUACUGAUACUAUUGGUAUAGGUGCUAUUUCUCUCCAGAAACAAAGAUUUGCAGAUGUUAAUUCAACCUCUGAGCAAAGUGGAACUUUGGGUAUUGGACUUGUUCGCGGUGAAAGUGGUGCAAACUAUUCCAACCUUCCUGCAUCGUUGAAAGAACAAGGCUACAUCAAGACGAAUGCGUACUCGUUAUACAUGAACUCUCCAGAUGCAUUGAAUGGUGCAAUCAUCUUUGGUGGUGUUGACAAUGCCAAGUACACUGGAAAUUUAAUUCCGGAGAAAAUCACCAGACCAGACAGAUUGAGUAUCAACGUGACAAGUAUCAACUACAACGGUACCUUGUACAAGCUCACCGAGGAUGCGGCAUUAGACACUGGUAGCCCCAUCACGUAUUUGUCAGCUCCAGUAGUAGCAGAGAUAGCUAAACAAGCUGGCGCUACAUGGCAGGGAAGCAAAACCGAAGGCCAAUACGUUAUUCCGUGUGAUGCCGACACAACAGGUAGUGUUGAUUUUGGGUUUGAGAAUGCAGCCAAAAUAACAGUACCCUUGUCUGAGUUUGUUGUUGGAGGUUUGGAUUGCCCCUUUGGUUUUCAGCCAAGUCCCGUGAGUGUUAGUAUUUUGGGCGACAAUUUCUUAAGACAUGCUUAUGUUGUUUUCAAUUUAGAUGCAAACACAAUCUCAUUGGCACCAAUUAAUUACACUGAUGAUUCUAAUGUCAGUGCCAUUUAA